CAAGAUCUAAUUUGAAAGUUAAGAUGAAAGAAAUAAACAAGAUUAAAAUUGUUAAGCACUAAUUUUGGUGAAAACUUUCAAAUAGCAACAAGUUGGCAGCACGGCCGUAAUCCGGUUUCAUUAUCACCAAUAUGCCCGACCGAAAUCGACCUCUGAAGGUAAUCCGGGCCGACUCGGAGGCCCACUUGGUGAAUGGUCUGGCCGAUCUCUUACAGCACUGCUCCCAGGAGGCGGUCGCCAGGAAGGAAAGGUUCCAUAUCGGGCUCUCAGGUGGCUCUCUGGUCCAGCUGCUGACGAAGGCUCUAAAGGCGCGAGCGGGAGAUUUGAACACUGCCAAGUGGACGUUCUUUUUCUGUGACGAGCGCUAUGUACCGCAAGCUGACGGCGAUUCCACCUACGGUGCCUACAGGACGGAGUGGCUAACCCAACUGCCGGGCAUCCAGGACUCGCAGUUCGUCAAGGCUGACACCGCCAAGUCGCUGGACGAAUGCGCCGCAGACUACGAAUCGAAGGUCCGAGAUCAAGUGGGCUGCGGUUGCCUGCCGCAGUUUGACCUCCUGCUCCUGGGCAUGGGACCCGAUGGCCACACAUGCUCCCUGUUUCCCGAGCAGCCAGCCACGCUGCAGGAAUCCCAACGCCUGGUCAUUCCCAUCCGGAACUCUCCUAAGCCGCCACCAGAGCGCAUCACCUUCACCCUACCGCUAAUCAACAAUGCCCGGGAUGUGAGCUUCGUGGUGACGGGCGCCGGGAAAGCAAGUGUCGUAAAGCGUGUGUUUGUGGAUCAGGACAGGGAGUUUCCCGCUGCCUGGGUGAAUCCCGUUCAAGGACAGUUGACGUUAAUUGUAGAUGCGGGAGCUGGAAAGGAGAUUGAAGUCCUGACAUGACAAUAUAAUAACGAAUCUUGUAAAUAAUUA